AUGAUUUUGAUACCCUUUUGUUUGUUUUUUGUAUAACUGUUUGCUUUAUGGGUGUUGUUUGACAGUGUUUAAGGUGACUUUUUCUUAAUCUUAUUUUUCAUUGUAAUUGUGGUUUUUUGUGAUUAAUUGAGGCUUUAUUACCUACUUUCAUGAACCUAUGCUUUUUAAAUAGUGUUUUUAAGUGACUUUUUUUUACUGAUUAUUAUUAUUAUUAUUAUUUUUUGAUUUUCAUUGUGUUUUUUGGUGAUAAUGUUGUUUAUUUGGAUUAAUUAAUGCCUCAUCAUAUUUUUUAAUGAUGAAACCAUGUUUAUCUUUUACUGUUGAGUUUUUGGUUUUGGUUGCUUUAUGAAAGAAAAAGGAUGAGAGGAGAAAAUGAGAUCAAAGUUUUGUUUUGGGGUUUGUUGAAUUUUGUAGAGGUUGAGGAAAUGUCAUUUGAUUCAAUUUUCAGGGUAUAAGAAAUGAGAUGGAGAUAUAGGUAUCAUUUUUGUUUCAAGGAAAAAUCUAAGAUUAGGGUUUUGGAAUUUUGACUAAACUAUCCUUUGUGAAAAAAAAUUUGCGCACAUGUAGGAAAUUAUGGACAUUUUGCAGUUCUUUAUUAAAUUUUUCUAUUUAGAAUUACAUGUUUAUGGGGCAUGUAUUUUUUUCAUCUGUUUAUAAGAUCAACUUUAUGUCAUAAGGAUAGUAAAGUGUGUAGAUGGUAAUAGUUUGCAGCAUUAUUUUAUUAUAUGUGUUGUGUGUAGAACAGAGUUAUAAACUCUUUUCAAAGAAUUAUCCUGACAAUUAUUAUUAUGUGUAUUCGCGUUGGAAAAGAAGCAUUUCACUGUAAUAUGAAAGCUGAGAAUUGGAGGAGAUCUUGUGGUUUUGGUGGUGAAGUCAAAUUGAAGAAGAUAAUGAAGUGCAUCUUUUUUGGGAAACAAGUGAGGGCAGAUGAAGUGGCAGAAUCAUUGGAGUCGUCGUUAGCUACCCGGGAUUAUUCAGCUAGUGGACAUUCCGCUCAAGCUGGUGAGGCUGUCGUGAAGAAUUCUACAAAUCCGAGCACCAUUGAAGAAGCUGAAUCAUCCCUUCGUGCAAGUGGUUACUUGAAUUAUGAGGAAGCAAGAGCCUUGCUAGGAAGGCUCGAAUUUCAGAAAGGAAACAUUGAAGCUGCAUUCAGCGUCUUCAAUGGAAUCGACAUUGAUGCAAUUAUUCCUAAUAUCAAAAUUACAUUAGCCCGAAUAUAUGAGCUGCCAAGACGCAGUUCAAAUAAUGAUGCAGUGCUGCCAAUGUCUAUGCAUGCUGUUAAUAUACUUUUUGAAGCAAUCUUUCUUAAAUCAAAGUCACUAAUGAUAAUGGGGAAGUUUGAAGAAGCUGCUCAGUCGUGCCAGGUGAUUGUGGACACUGUUGAGUCUGCAAUACCGCAGGGUUUGGAUGAAAGGUUUGCUACCAACUUAAAAAUGCAGGAGACAUUGAAUAAAGUAGUUGAGUUGCUGCCUGAAUUGUGGAAACUUGCUGGUGAACAGCAGAAAGUAAUAUCAUCAUAUCGGAGUGCAUUGCUCUAUGGUUGGAAUCUUGAACUGGUAACUCAAGCAAAGAUGGAGAAAGAAUUUGCGAUAUUUCUUUUGUACAGUGGUGUAGAUGGUUGUCCCCCAACUCUUCGUUUUCAAGUGGAUGGAGUAUAUAUUCCUUGUAACAAUAUAGAAGAGGCAAUUCUUCUUUUGUUGCUCGUGCUAAGAAAAUUUCUUCGGAGCAGUCUUGAUUGGGAUCCUUCAAUUGUAGAUCAUCUUUCUUUUGCACUUUCCGUUUCAGGAGAUUUAGAGACCUUAGCUCGUCAAUUAGAAGAAUUAUCUGAAGGUACUGUAGACAGGAAAGAAAAAUAUAGGACUCUAGCUCUUUGUUAUCAUGGACAAGGUGAAGACAAGAUUAGUUUGAAUCUUCUUCGUAAUCUUCUUCGUGAUCGAGAAAACCAGAAUUGUACGCGUGAGCUAUUGCUUGCGUCAAAAAUCUGUGCUGGAGAUAGAAACUGCUCUGAAGAAGGGAUCACGUAUUCUGACAAAGCGAACAAGAAACUGGAAGGGGAUUGUGCACUGCUGGCCGGUAAAGCCAGCUGCUUUCUAGGUACUUUGUCUUUGGCUCUAUCGAGAUUGAUGUCUUCUGACUCGAAGAGGGCCUCGUUGCAAGCUCAAGCCCUAAACCUGUUGGGAACUGCUGAAAAACUAACAAAAGGAACGGAUGCAACUGUUCUCUACCAUCUUGCCUUAGAAAAUGCUGAGCAGAGGAAGUUGGAUAUUGCACUUACAUAUGCAAAACAGCUGCUGAAACUUGAGACUGGUUCUGAUACUGCAGGAUGGAUUCUUCUUGCUCGUAUACUGUCUGCGAAAAAGCAGUACGAUGAUGCUGAAACUAUAAUAAAUGCAGCUUUGGAACAGACUGGGAAGUGGGAACAUGCUGAACUACUGAGAACUAGAGCUAAACUCGAAAUUGCUCAGAAAAAAACAAAGGAUGCUAUACGGACUUAUACUCAAAUUCUUGCGGUUCUUCAAGUUCGAAAGAAGAGCUGCAGCAUUGGGAAAAAGUGUUUAGAGAGGAAAGAUGAAGACAAAAUGUUGGAGAUGGAGACAUGGCAUGACCUUGCCAAGUUAUAUACAAGCCUAUCGCAAUGGCAAGAUGCUGAAGUUUGUCUCUCAAAAUCUGAAGCUCUGUGUCCUCACUCCGCUUCUAGAUGUCACUCCAGAGGUGUACUCUAUCAAGCAAAGGGCCUACGAAAAGAAGCUCAGAAGUCGUUCUUGGAGGCACUUGACAAGGAUCCCAACCAUGUCCCGAGCUUGCUCUCCAUGGCUGAAAUUCUUGUGAACCUUGGAGAUGCAACGCAGCCAGUUGCCAGAAGCUUUGUGAGACAAGCGAUUUGUAUUGACAGGACUAAUCAUCAUGCAUGGCACACUCUUGGCCUGAUCCAUCGCUCUGAGCCUGCUGGUGCAUCGACAGCUGAAGCUGCUGACUGUUUCGAGUUUGCUGCUUUCCUUGCAGACACUGCUCCUGUUGAGCCUUUCAGAUAGGUGUACCCCUUCCCCCUUUCGUUAUACAGGAAUUUCAUAUAGGUUUUUCUGUUGGACAUCACAGACCCAUACCCAAAUUUGUGGACAAGGUUGAAAAUCAAUCAGCCAACCCCCCUCCACACCC